AUGUUUCGAAGCAGACUCGAUGCGUUCCCCUGCGAUAGAUGUCUUUGCAUCAACAAAAUUGGUUCGUUUGUUGGCCUCACAUCUCAGCGCGCAGUGUCAGCCUUUGCAGACUCUCAUCUAAGGGCAACAUGUGGUGUUCGCAUCGAGCACGCUGCAGCUAUAGGAGCACUCUUUUCCGGCAUCGCUGACGGAGACGCGGAGGAGCUGAUCCUGGAAGUCGUGAGCACUGCGGCAGAUGAUUCUCGCGGGGUCAGGCCGAGCGGCUUCAAAGAGGCCCAGCAGCUUCAGGUGAACAAGCUGUCGACCGAGUCUGGUUUCGAAGCACUGAGUUUGAGGUACAGUGAAGCUGUCCGAGCCACCUGGCCAGAUGACUACCGGUUCCAGGCUUUCGCCCCGGACAAGGCAUACGUGCUGCAGAUGGCAACACGUGCAGAGGAGAGAACCGAAGAUGCCGUGAAAUGGGACUUGGAGGAUGCCAAAAGCGCAGGCUCCUAUGCUCAUCGCUUCAACUUGUACAGUCGUGAGCAUGCCCGAGAAGCUGGCGAGGCAGUAGACGAGCAGCUGCCGUGUGUCAAGGUGGCUGCCCCAGUUGCAUGUCGAGUAGUCAAAACCAGCUUCCCCGCAUUGCUUCCCGUCGGAGCGUACUGCACACUGUGGCCUUACUCGGACCCCGAGGUCCGAAAGUUUGUUUUCAAUGGUUGCCAAGACUUCGUGGAGCUUGCCCAGGCCUUCUUCCACCACUCCGCCUUCUCCUCCAACGGCAAGGAGCUGGUCUGUGACAUUCAGGGGGUUGAGGAAGAGGAUGGUAGCCUCCUCCUCAUCGAUCCGUGCAUUCUUCGACCCAGCAAGCUAACUGUCGGAGCGCUGCUGAAAGGCGCUGCGAAGGAAGACAAAGAACGCGAGGAGUUGGCGGUCUGCUUGGGACCCGUUGUCAAUGUGGCGGCAGACAAGUUCGACAUGCUGCAUCCCAAGUGCACCAGCCCCUGCUUCAUAUCGGUACAGUUUGACCCAGAGCUGAGCCAGCAAUGCAAUUGCGUUUCGACUGGAGCUCCGGCUGAGAGCUACUGCUUAUCGUCAAUGAUGGAGCUUGGGAGGGCAAAUAUCUUUCCAUCUGCCGAGGUAAAGCGGAAGAAUGGCUCCCUGAGCUCUGGCUCGGAGCCAAGAUCCGACAUCAUCGGCCUCAGCCGCUCUCAUACCUUUGGGCUUGGGGGCUCCUUCGAGGUGGAGAGCUCUUCUCAGGUUGCUUUGGAGGAGCGGAGGGCUCACUUCCCAUCGCUCUGUUUGGUGAUGUACUCCGGGUUCUUGUCCACCUUGGCCUUAGACAUCGUGGUCACCACGGUCGACGAGUACUCCAGGAAACUGGGGGCCGGGACCCUCUUCAGUGGACUUGUCAUUGCGCUGACGCCGGUUCUCCAGGGCUUGAUCGGGAUCCCUCUCAAUCGCUGGAUGUUGAAAGCAGCUUCCAUGAAGACGGUGAGUAUUCUUAUGGCCGCUGGUAUGGUUCUGGGACACAUCAUCUACGCCCUGGCCGGGCUCAUGCACUCGAAGCUGGCAGUGCUUUUCGCUCGCGCCCUCAUUGGCAUUUGUCAGUUUCAGUUGGGUGCGCCCAUCUACAUUGCAGAUGCCGUGGGUGUCAAGAGGCGGACGCCAGUGUUGUUUGUGUAUUCUGCAGUGGCUACCUCGGCGCUGGCGGUGGCGCCAGCUAUUUGUGGCUUGCUGGAAACCUUCCUGCGUGAACUGCGGAUUCACAACCUUGUGCUGGACUCCGACACCGCCCCCGGUUGGUUCAUGGCCAUUGUAUACUUCUUGUACUUGUUGAAGGUGGUCUUUUUCUUCGAGAACCCAGAAAAGGCGCGCUCACAGGACACGAGCCAUGCUACUGCAGAAUCGCCGGCGGAGAAGCGGGAGUCCUUGUGGACGAUUGGCAUCCUUCUAUGCCUCUUAGACAGGAAGGGCCUCCAGCUGAGCACGCUCUCCACUGCCAUCAUCUCCAUACUCGCUUUCCACUUCUCGCCGAGCUGGUCCGUGGCCACGAUCACCUUGACCUUCGUCGGCCUGCUGCUCCUCCAGGCGACCAGCUGCGUGGUGAAGAACUACGCGUAUGCGCUGACGCCGAAGAUCGUGGCUCCGCACUUGAAGGAUCGAGCCACUUCUUGGCUGCUGCUGGCUCUGACCCUGGGACGAGGCGUCGGAGCACAAGUAGGAGUGAUCUUCACUCCUGUGUCCUUUGCAUUCACCAUGCUGAGCACAUACCUUUUGCUCUUUGCCCUCGUUUUUGUCUUCCGAUCUCGAAUGAAGCAGCAUGCCAAGGCCGUCUAA